AUGGAGUUGCCGCAAGCGUUUUCUGCUGCUCUGGGCCUCGACCGAAAAGCUGGGCCGAUAUCAUCUCUACACGUUUUCGAUUUUGACGGGACGCUCGUGAGAACGCCAGGACCUGCCGAAGGAAGGCCUCGAUACCAUGCGGAGACUGGUCAGCAGUGGAAGGGCGGUUGGUGGGGACGGCCAGAGUCUCUUUGCCCUCCGGUCUUACCGUCUCCUUGUCCCCCAGGCUACGUUAUUCGCACGGUGUUCAACGAGCUUGAGGAGGUGAUGACUAAAUCGGAGACUGCAGUUGGUGUGGUUGUGACUGGAAGAAUAAAGCCUUUGAGGAGGUCAGUGCUGCGAAUAUUGGAUGAAAUUUGUGUGGCAGCGAAGAACGACACUGUCGCGGAAGGAGUCUCGUUUUUGAAACAUGACGCGGUUUUUACUCAUCCCGGCGGUCGGAUGACAACGCUGGAGUACAAAAAGGCCCUCUUUCACACGCUGUUGACCCAGGAACCUCUGUCAAACGCGUCCAUAUCUGAACUUCACAUUUGGGAGGACAGGAAGGAGCACGCCGAGGUUUUUGCGACGGAACUCAGUGAUGAUUUACGGAAUGCAACUGGGGUGAAUACCACAGUACAUUACAUAACGGCCGAGACACCGUAGGCAGGACUUGUUUAACAUACUAGAGACCAUUAUGGUUUUUCUGUCGGGUAGCAAGGGUUAGGGCAUGACUUGAUAAGGCGAUGAGACCCCCUCCCACAA